AUGGGAUACAAAAGAUUCCUGUCGGAAGGCUUCCUGAUUGUUGCUGCAAUUCUUCUAACCCUGAAUUCCGUUUACGGAGAUAUCAGUUAUACUAUUCCAGAGGAAAUGAAGCAAGGAUCUGUGAUAGGAAAUAUCGCCAAAGAUCUUGGGUUGGAUGUAAGUCGACUGUCUGCUCGCAAGGCCCGUAUCGGCACUGAGAGGAACAGAAAACGAUACUGUGAUGUGAACCUGACCAAGGGAGAUUUGGUUGUUGCGGAGAGGAUCGACAGAGAGGCGCUUUGUGGCAAGAAGGCUUCCUGCAUUUUAAAAUUGGAGCUUGUACUGGAAAACCCUUUAGAACUGCAUCCAAUUAGUCUUAGUAUUCAGGAUAUCAACGAUCACUCACCGCUCUUUAAAAAUGAAGUGAUUAAAAUAGAAAUCCAGGAAUCCACUGCCAAAGGAGCUCGCUUUUCAUUGGAUGAAGCUCAUGAUGCGGAUAUUGGAGAUAAUGGAGUCAAGGGCUAUACAUUACAAAGAAAUGAUCAUCUUGUUCUGGAGGUUAAAGAAACAGGUGUACGAAGAUAUUGUGAAUUGGUGUUGGAGAACGAAUUAGACCGUGAGAAUGAAGAAGAAAUUAAUUUGCUUCUCACAGCCGUGGACGGUGGUUCUCCUCAGAGAUCAGGUACUGUAGUCAUCCAAGUCACUGUACUGGAUGCUAAUGAUAAUGCUCCAGUGUUUAGCCAGGCCAUUUAUAAAGCGAGUCUACCGGAAGACUCUCCUGUAUAUACAGUUGUUGUUACAGUGAGUGCCACUGAUGCUGAUGAAGGAAUUAAUGGUGAUGUGAUCUAUGACCUUGAUCACGUCUCCGAUGUAAACAGCAAUAUGUUUUCCCUUGAUCAAAAAACGGGUGAAGUUAAAGUUAAUGGGGCUUUAGAUUAUGAGGAAGAGUCGUCAUAUGAACUCCGAAUCAGCGCAAAAGACGGCCUUGGAUUGGCAUCGUAUUCCACGUUGAGGAUUGAUAUAUUAGAUGUGAAUGACAACGAGCCUGUUAUAUAUUUACAAUCUCUGACGAACCCCAUACCAGAGAACGUGUCACCUGGUACAGAGGUGGGCAUAAUUAAUGUGCAGGAUAGAGACUCUGAGAAUAAUCGACAGGUCCGCUGCUCCAUUCAGCAAAACGUCCCUUUCAAGUUGGUUCCUUCCAUCAAAAAUUACUAUUCUCUGGUGACCACGGGACAGCUGGACCGUGAGUUGGUGAUUGAUUAUAAUAUUACAAUCACUGCUACAGACGAGGGCUCUCAACCUCUGUCCUCCUCUAAAGUUGUUCAGUUAUCUGUAGCUGACGUCAACGACAAUCCACCUGUGUUUGAGGAACAGUCCUACAGCGCCUAUGUGACUGAAAAUAACAAACCUGGCUCCACUUUAUGUUCUGUUACUGCUCGAGACCCAGACUGGAGACAAAACGGUACAGUGAUUUAUUCUCUUUUACCUGGUGAGGUGAAUGGGGCCCCGGUGUCCUCCUAUCUCUCAGUUAAUGGAGACACUGGGGUGAUCCACGCUGUGAGGUCAUUUGAUUAUGAACAGUUCAGGAGCUUUAAAGUCCAGGUGAUGGCCAGAGACAACGGUUCUCCUCCGCUCAGCAGCAACGUGACCGUCAGUGUCUUCAUUACGGAUGUGAAUGACAACUCUCCUCAGAUACUGUACCCCGCCCCGGAGGGCAGCUCGUUCAUGACCGAGCUGGUGCCCAAAGCUGCACACGGAGGCUCUCUGGUGUCCAAGGUGAUAGCGGUGGACGCAGACUCCGGCCAGAACGCCUGGCUGUCCUAUCAUAUCGUCAAAUCCACUGAUCCGGGACUUUUCUCUAUUGGUGUCCACAGCGGAGAGAUCAGGACACAGCGGGACAUUUCUGAAUCUGACAGCAUGAAACAAAAUCUCAUUGUGGCAGUGAAAGAUAACGGGCAGCCCUCUCUCUCUGCCACCUGUUCCAUGUAUUUACUUAUUUCUGACAACUUGGCUGAAGUUCCAGAACUGAAAGAUAUGUCUUAUGAUGAAAACAAUCCAAAGCUGACCUCCUAUCUGAUCAUCGCACUGGUGUCCGUGUCUACAUUCUUCCUGACCUUCAUUAUUAUCAUCCUGGGUUUGAGGUUUUGUCGCAGGAGAAAGCCCAGACUGUUGUUUGACGGAGCGGUCACCAUCCCCAGCGCUUACCUUCCUCCUAAUUACGCAGAUGUUGACGGCACAGGAACUUUACGCAGCACUUACAAUUAUGACACGUAUUUGACAACGGGCUCCAGAACCAGUGACUUCAAGUUCGUGACAUCAUAUGACAACACGCUGCCUGCUGACCAGACUUUGAAGAAAAGUCCAACAGACUUUGCUGAUGCAUUUGGAGAGUCGGAGGGAUCUCCAGAGGUAGGACUCUCAUAUUUCAACACAUCACUGACUAAUCCCAUACCAGAGAACGUAUCACCUGGUACAGAGGUGGGCAUAGUUAAUGUGCAGGAUAGAGACUCUGAGAACAAUCGACAGGUCCGCUGCUCCAUUCAGCAAAACGUCCCUUUCAAGUUGGUUCCUUCCAUCAAAAAUUACUAUUCUCUGGUGACCACGGGACAGCUGGACCGUGAGUUGGUGAUUGAUUAUAAUAUUACAAUCACUGCUACAGACGAGGGCUCUCCACCUCUGUCCUCCUCUAAAGUUGUUCAGUUAUCUGUAGCUGACGUCAACGACAACUCACCUGUGUUUGAGGAACAGUCCUACAGCGCCUAUGUGACUGAAAAUAACAAACCUGGCUCCACUUUAUGUUCUGUUACUGCUCGAGACCCAGACUGGAGACAAAACGGUACAGUGAUUUAUUCUCUUUUUCCUGGUGAGGUGAACGGGGCCCCGGUGUCUUCCUAUCUCUCAGUUAAUGGAGACACAGGUGUGAUCCACGCUGUGAGGUCAUUUGAUUAUGAACAGUUCAGGAGCUUUAAAGUCCACGUGAUGGCCAGAGACAACGGUUCUCCUCCGCUCAGCAGCAACGUGACCGUCAGUGUCUUCAUAACGGAUGUGAAUGACAACUCUCCUCAGAUACUGUACCCCGCCCCGGAGGGCAGCUCGUUCAUGACCGAGCUGGUGCCCAAAGCUGCACACGGAGGCUCUCUGGUGUCCAAGGUGAUAGCAGUGGACGCGGACUCCGGCCAGAACGCCUGGCUGUCCUAUCAUAUAGUUAAAUCCACUGAUCCGGGACUUUUCUCUAUUGGUGUCCACAGCGGAGAGAUCAGGACACAGCGGGACAUUUCUGAAUCUGACAGCAUGAAACAAAAUCUCAUUGUAGCAGUGAAAGAUAAUGGGCAUCCCUCUCUCUCUGCCACCUGUUCCAUGUAUUUACUUAUUUCUGACAACUUGGCUGAAGUUCCAGAACUGAAAGAUAUGUCUUAUGAUGAAAACAAUCCAAGGCUGACCUCCUAUCUGAUCGUCGCACUGGUGUCCGUGUCUACAUUCUUCCUGACCUUCAUUAUUAUCAUCCUGGGUUUGAGGUUUUGUCGCAGGAGAAAGCCCAGACUGUUGUUUGACGGAGCGGUCACCAUCCCCAGCGCUUACCUUCCUCCUAAUUACGCAGAUGUUGACGGCACAGGAACUUUACGCAGCACUUAUAAUUAUGACACUUACUUGACAACGGGCUCUAGAACCAGUGACUUCAAGUUCGUGACAUCUUACAAUGACAAUACGCUUCCUGCUGACCAGACUUUGAAGAAAAGUCCAACAGACUUUGCUGAUGCAUUUGGAGAGUCGGAGGGAUCUCCAGAGGAGCUUUGA